UCCAGUUUCAGCUGAACUCUCAGAAGCGAACAGCUGACAGACUGUUGUCGGACAAUGCCUCUCUCCAGCUGAAACUCUCCGACACUUUCUGCUUUUUUUGUUUCUGCCCGGAUGAAGAUGAGUCGGAGCGAGCACUCGUUACAGGCUCUGUCCUGGAGGAAGCUGUAUCUGAGCAGAGCCAAACUCAAGGCGUCCAGCCGCACGUCUGCGCUUUUAUCCGGCUUCGCAAUGGUGGCUAUGGUGGAGGUCCAGCUGGACACCAAUCACGACUAUCCCCCUGGUCUGCUGAUCGCGUUCAGCGCCUGCACCACGGUGUUGGUGGCCGUUCACCUGUUCGCCCUGAUGGUGAGCACCUGCAUCCUGCCCAACAUCGAGGCUGUGAGCAACGUACACAACCUGAACUCCGUCAAAGAGUCUCCGCACGAGCGCAUGCACCGCCACAUCGAGCUGGCCUGGGCCUUUUCCACCGUCAUCGGGACGCUGCUCUUCUUGGCCGAGGUCGUCCUGCUCUGCUGGGUCAAGUUUUUACCCAUUAAGCCCAAGGACCAGAAAAACGGCACUGUGUCUGCCGGGGUGGCCGCUGCCAUCACCUCUACCUCUAUCAUGGUGCCUUUCGGUUUGGUUUUUAUCGUGUUCGCGGUGCAUUUCUACCGUUCGCUGGUCAGCCAUAAGACUGACCGUCAGUUUCAGGAGCUGGAGGAGUUGGAGGACCUGCAGAACGAGCUGGACCACAGGGAAGAGGUGUCUACUUUACAGUCUCCUGGUUCUCUUUAUCCCUAGUUUGAGUUUAUAGAGCUUCUGUUCUUGUUUUUUUUUAUGUUGCAACACAUUGUGUUUUUGACUGUGGUAUCAGUCUGUCUCUUGCAUGUGGACACCCUGGAGCGUCCAGUUUUCUAUGUGUUGAGGGUUUGUACACUGUGACAGCAUGCGCUGCAUGUUUUAUGGAUAUAUAUUUUUUAUUUGUAUUUUAUUCUCUUCUUAAUUCACCACAGGGAAAAAAUCCUUUAUUUCUGUACGGCAGCUGUGCCAGUUUUGUUACUUACGUUUUUUUUUUUGUUUUCACAAAGGCAAGCUACAUGUAGUGAAAGCUAGUUUCUGCUACAGAAUGAGAAAAUGUACAGUGGGGCAAAUAAGUAUUGAACACAUCAUGUCUUUUCCUGGAAAUAAUAUUUCUAAAGAAGCAGCUGAUGUGGAAAUGCUGAUGUUGGUAAAAUCCCAAACCGUACAAACAUAAAAACAAAACAAAGUAAUCUGAAAGAUGAGUUCUGUGUAAUAACAAUGAAAUGACUCCAGGAGAAAGUGCUGAACUACUGAAAUGUGUUUAAUACUUUAUAUUAAAGGCUUUUUUUGGUGACGGCAGCUUAAAGACGCCUCUCAUAUGGAGAAUGAAGUCACAUGUAAUGCUCAGGUGUGACUUUCAGACUUCAACAGAGUAUCAAAAUAUUGAUGGUUCUGUGGGUCUCGUCUAUCAAAUCUGAGCUUUAUUUUGUAUUUUCUAUCGGAUUCGGAUCAGGUGAUUGGAUGGGCCAUUCUACAGCUUGAUUUUCUUUCUCUGAAAGCAUUCGAGAGUCUCCUUGGCUGUGUUUUGGAUCACUGUCCUGCUGAAAUGUCCACCCUGGGUUCAUCUUCAUCCUGCUAAUGUAGAUGUUGGACUGAAGCAGCUGAUAUUCAUUUACACUGAGGAAGAGCGGAGUGUUGCUGAAGAACUACUGAGAGAUUUCAGCUGCUGUCUGGGCUUUCACUGCCGAGCUACACCUCCCUUUCUUCAUGUGUUCAAUACUUUUUUCCUGCGUCAUUUCAGUUUAUUACACAUAACUUCAUUUCUAAACUUAAUUAGUUUUGUUUUCUUUUCAUAUUUGGAUUUCUUUAGUUGUUACCAACAUCUGCAGAAAAUUUCAAGUCAACAGCACCGUUAGAAAUAUGUUUUCUGAGAAAAAUGGUGACGUGUUUGAUACUUAAUUCCCCCACUGUAUCUUAGAAUUCUGACCUUUCUCAGAAUUGUGACUUAAUAUUUUGCCAUUUUAAGUUAAGUUGAUAUAUAUAAAGAAUAAUUGGUAGUGUAUAAAAAUGCCUCAGUUACAAGUUCAGAUCUCACAGUUCAGGAUAUCCCAAAUCGUAGUUUCUCUUGGAUUUCUUCUGUUCUAUCAAUAUUUUGAGUUAAAUCUUUUUCCUCAAACUUGAGUUUUUCAGAAUUCCAAGUUUAUAUAUUGCCGUUUAUUACAGUGUUGUUACGAUACUGGAAUUUUUAAAACAUCCAUUUCCUGCUAACAUUUGAGUGCUGUUCAGCGCAUUCUUAAACAGCACUGAUUUGCCAUUGUGUUCACGUGCUCAACAGAAAUAACUGUGAUUGGCCUUGAAGGUCAUCAGUUCAAUGAACUCAUCGCUGUUGACUGAGCGUAAACACAGAUACAGGGACACUGGAGUGUUUCAAAGUCACGUCGAUCAGCUGGCUUGUCUAUAAAGGCUGGUAUAUACUUUGGGACAUGACCCACAUCGCCUGCCUUGCGCGUAGUUGUGUAUUUAUACUUCUGCAUGCUGUUUGUGUUUCUCUGCAAUAACACUUCUGAAACACUAGCUGGCAGUAGGUCUUUAUGUUCCUCUUUAUCGAGUUUCUUCAUAGGUGUUCUGUUUUUUUUGAACGCUACAAGUAGCUAAAACUCGCUCAAUCAGAGGCGGGAACUGGCGGACGUGCAACUACUUUGCAACGUCAUAAGGUAAACACAAAACAAAAGUUUCCAUUUGGAGCUCCUUCACAGGACUUGAUACUUGUAAACAUUCGCUUCAUUGGGCUUGCAGCUUUUAGCACCGGCCACACUCAUCACCGGUACCAACCCAAUCAAUCACAGAGCUUGCACUACACGUUGUUUCGACAUGUAGUCAGCUUCAGCCACGCCGAGGGCUAUGCGACUGCGUGAAGGCUGCGCCAGACCAUACACGGCACUUGAUGCAAAAGUAUAAAUCAGCCUUAGGCUGACAUACGAGUGAUUCGCAGAUGAAUCGCGGCUGAUGCGGCUACUCCCUGCAUCAGUGGUGAGUACAGUGAACUGAUGAUCUUCACAGCCAAUCACAGUCUCUUCUGUUGAGCACGUGAACACACUGGCAAAUCAGCGCUGUUUAAGAAUGCGCUCAACAGCACUCAAAUGUUUGCGGGAAACAGACAUUUUUACAAUUUCAGUACUGACUGGUAUCGAAUACCAGUAUUGUGACAACCCUAGUUUUAACACUGUAAAUAAAUUCCUUCAUGUUGUCCAAACACAAAACAAUUAAGUUACCCCAGAACAAAAAAAAACUGAAGAAUUGUGUUGUUUCAACUCAUUUUAAAUAAGUAGUUUAAACAAGAAACAAAAGUCAUUUUUUGAGUGAAGAUUAUACCUGUAGGUUUAUUCUUGUAAUUGUCACUUUUUCACUAUUCUGAGAUAACAACUCACAAAUUCAGUUUCAUUUCUCAAAAUUCUGCGUAUAUCUUGCAGUUCUGCCUUU